GAGCGAUCAAAGAAGAUCAACAGCACAAAACUCACACAAGAAAUGGCAGACUUGAUUGUUGGACCUGGCGACGAGCACGACCUGCCUCGCUCGGUGCUGCAGCGCCUCGUGAAGGAAGCUAUCGCUGAUGGGUUGAGUAUCAACAAGGACGCAAAGACCGCAGUGACCAAGUCGGCCACCGUGUUCAUCCUCUACCUGACUGCUGCAGCCAACGAGAUUGCACAGAAGGCAAACAGGAAGACAAUCAAUGCAAACGAUGUGAUGGCUGCGCUCGAGUCAGUCGACCUCGCCCAUCUCCAAGAGCCGCUGCAACAGGAGCUUGAAGCAUUCAAACUUGCCGUCAAGGACAAAAAGAGCCAAUCUGCGGGCAGCAAUGGACGGAGUACGAGUGCCGCUGCUGGUAGUGACGAGGCUGCCGACGAUGCGGAUUUGGUCGACGCAUUCGAUGCGCCAGUUCCCCCGGCAGAAGCAGAAGAAGACGCACCAGUUGAAGAACCCACUGCUAUGGAACAAUAAACACAUGUGCAUCAGGUCAGCCCCUGUGUCUCUGUAGGAGUGAUUUCUGAACGAUGACUGCAUUUCGUCUCUCUUCAAUGCCAAUAGCGUUGUUUCGAG